UCGGCGCGCGCGCAGCCAAUCGUGCGCGCGCCGCAGCAAGCUUCGCCGUUCAGACGGCGCCCGCCUUCUGGCCAGCUUCUCGAAAGAUGCUUAUCUCCUCACCUUUCUGGCUAAGCCGCCGACGUGGGUGGUUCCCUGCCCGUUCGCUGCGGGGCCCUGCGCAUGCGGCGUUGGCGCCGUUUGGGGAAGCAUGCAUUUCUGCCCUCCGCGAAUUGCUGUCGACGAGCCCGCGCCCCAAGCCCGCUGCUAUGCGGUGCGCUGCGGCAAUGCGGCAAAGGGAGCGCCAGGCCAGCGGGGCGUCGUCGACACCGACUGCUCGAUGCAGCAACUGCGGAGGGCGCGUGCGAAUCCGCUCCGUGUGCGACCAAGCCGUUAGCCGGCGUGGCAAGACAGCGUGCUUAUCGCCGCCGCAUCCUGCACCAGAAGCUUUCUAGAAGGUCGUCAGACGGGGUCAGCCCAUGCUCACCUCUCGCUGUGUGGGUCGAGCCGCCCCCGCGAAUGGCCGUUGACCAAGGCGAAGGUAUGCUGUCUCGACCGGCACCCAGGAGAGAUCAUCGCGCGCCCCAUGUAACCCAAGGCGCGAUGCAGAGUUUUCCUCCCAAACACCGGGUUACGGGAGUGGAGAGCAAACCCAUCAGCACGGCGCAGAGAGCCGGCAGCGCACCCGCCGGGCUGCCGCGCUGGGAAUAGAGACGCGGUGGUGUAGAAUCAUUAUCAUUAUGCUCUAGAUCGCGUGGCAGCCGAGUCUAUUCGGCGCACGCUGGAAACCCCCCGUACAACUUUUCACUCAUUUGUCGACGGGCACGUCGUCCAGAGCCUGCCCCUUGGACCAGUGGUUGAUCCAGUUGAAGAUCUCCGCGUGCCAGAACAGCGAGUUCUCCGGAUUCAGCACCCAGUGGUUCUCGUCCGGGAAGUUGAGGAAGCGCGAGGGGACGCCCUUCGACUGCAGGAUAUUGAAGAAAGCCAGGCCAUCGCUCUCG